AAACCAUUCAAACAUUCUAACCCUAUUUUAAAAACAAAACACGCUGUUUAGUCAAUAAACAAUAGCGAUUUUGCUGUUAAAAAUGCACGAAAAUGAGCAAUUAAUCCAAGUGGGCGAUCAGGUGAUUGUGCAAAGACAGGGCUACACCAAGUUGCACAAGCUUAAGAAAAAUGGGUCUUUAAUUAUUGGGAAAUUUACCGUUCAAAUGGAUAAUGUGAUCGGGCACAGAUACUUGGACACUUUUCAAAUGAAAAACAGUUCCAAUAACAAGAAACUAUUUAUUUUGGAAAAAGUUGAGGACAGUAGCUGCAGCGUAGGAGCUUUAAAUAUUGAAACAAGCGGCCAAGACAAUAGGAAUAUUGUGAUUGAUGGGGAUUCGCAGAUGCUAACUAAAGAUGAUAUUGACAAGCUGCAGGACUCUGAGUUGAACUCAAAUGCGAUUAUCGGCGAGCUGGUAAGCAAUUCUAAAACCUUCAAUAUGAAAACUGGCUAUUCGCAGGAGAAAUAUAUCAAGAAAAAGGAGAAAAAGUACUUUGAAUACAUACAGAUUCGAAGGCCUACGGUUCGGCUUUUGGCCAACAUGUUUUACAGACAAGAUCCUUCUAAAACUCUGGGGAUUAGAAUAGACGAUUUGUCUCAGAUUUUAGCUUAUGCCAACAUACAUUCAGAUGGCAAUCACCUUCUCUACGAUAGUGGCACUUCAGGACUUAUGGUUGCUGCUAUAAUGAACUCUAUUGGGGCAAACACGGAAGCCAGUUUAAUCCAUAUGCAUCCAGGCAACGAGUGCCAGAAAAAUGCCUUUGUAGCGAUGCAGUUUCCGGAAGAACAACGGAAUAGAUGCAUCAAUGUGAAUUUGUAUUCAGUUUUAAGAGAUUUUUACCAAACCAAAGAGUCGGAAGACCCUAAUAUGGAAGAAACUCCUUCAAAGAAGCAAAAAAUGAACGAAGAUUCUGCGGAAGCCCCUAAACCACCACAGUGGAAAAUUGACAAUCAAAGAGCCUGCAAAAUAUUGCGAACCAAAUGUGAUACUCUAAUAGUUACUUCUAAAGAACACCCAGUUAAUAUAGUGAAAGAACUGCUGUGGUUUCUCAAAGGAGCACGCCAACUAGUAGUAUUCAAUGCAAUGCGCGAACCUCUAGAGGAUCUGUUCGUUUACUUGAAGAGCCGGUUAGAUAUUGUAGGCAUUAAACUAAGCAAUAACUUUCUAAGGAACUAUCAGGUUUUACCCGAAAGGACCCAUCCAGAAGUGAACAUGAACAGUGGAGGUUACAUUUUAUCAGCAGUAAAAUUGAAUAGCUAGACAUGUGUAAAAAUAAACGAAAAUGCACUUACUUGUGUAAAGAACUGUUGCAGCAUAA